AAAGGCCUCCUCCGAUUGGCCAAUUCUGGGGGCCUGGCGCCAGGGCCUCUUGUGAUUGGAGAGGUCGCCCCAGAGCUAACCAGGCCGGGCUGGACUCCCAGCUCCGGUCGGGUCGCUGGGUCCGGCUGGCCGGGUGUGAGCAGGAGGGGCAGACCCCAGACCCACGUCGUGGUUCCUGGGACCCUCCCCCGGGGCCUCCCAGGUUCCUCACCUGCCUGGGCGAGGCCAGACCCCCCCCCCCAGGUACUGCCAGACCUUCCGACACCUGCUGCCAUGAAGAUUGCGGUGAUUGGUCAGAGCCUGUUCGGCCAGGAAGUCUACUGCCACCUGAGGAAGGAGGGCCACGUGGUGGUGGGUGUGUUCACGGUGCCAGACAAGGACGGGAAGGCCGACCCCCUGGGCCUGGAGGCUGAGAAGGACGGCGUGCCGGUGUUCAAGUUCCCCCGGUGGCGGGCGCGAGGACAGGUCCUGCCGGACGUGCUGGCCAAGUACCAGGCUCUGGGAGCCGAGCUCAACGUCCUGCCCUUCUGCAGCCAGUUCAUUCCCAUGGAGAUCAUUAGCGCCCCCCGCCACGGCUCUAUCAUCUACCACCCGUCCCUGCUGCCCAGGCACCGCGGAGCUUCUGCCAUCAACUGGUGAGACGGGGAGCAGGGCAG